AUGGAUAAUUAUAAAUUAUUAUUUGCUAUUUUAAUGGUUGCAGUGAUCACUGUAAAGACAUCGAUGGCCAUUGAUUGCAAAAAUGUAAAAUGUCCAGAUGUAGAUGCAACAACUCGAACAUUUCAAUGUUUAAGAAGUGGUGGAGAAUUACAAAAGGCAGACGGUGUUAAUAACUGUUGUGAUAGAUGUAUCAAAGUAAAUAUUUGUCAAUAUACCUCUUGUCUAUCCGUAGAGCAAGCUACAUGUGAAAAAACCGGUGGAAAGUAUAUCUAUGCCGAUUUUGCCAAAAGACAAUGUUGUGACUACUGUCAAUGUGAUUCCGCAAGAUGCCCACCAGUCGACCAAAACGAGUGUUCAUCCAAAGGAAAAUUUUAUAUUCCAGAGGAUCAAGUCAAUGGAAGACGUUUCUGA